UGUGGAUCUACGCUAGACCAGUCCCAUCGAAGCAACCGUACGAGCUGCAAGGUGAAAGACUUUCGUCGGUGUUCCGUUGCAGUUUAUCGAGCUGCCUACUAACAGGUGUAUUGAACAGGAAACACACCAUUGCCUACAAUACAGUUUAUUGAACAACUUUAACAUCCGCUAUCAUAGUUAUGCAAAGCUCAGUUAUUUAUGUUUGAAGUGAAAUGUACAAAAGUGCGUUUCAAAUUGAAUCAGUUUAACAAAAAAGAUUGUACGCAAACUCACCACAUAGUUUUCAAGUUUAAAUGUGCAUCGUGGUAUAAAAAAGCAUAUAAUAAUACUUGUGUGCAGUUUUACUUAAAACGCUAGAAACCGUUUCCCGCAAAUCCCGCAAUCUCACCUGCCUGUGCCGUAGAAAGCAAAAGAAAGGAAAAGGAGAAAGUUGAGCAAGUUGAGCUGUUUGUGGUUGUGCUGUUAUAUUUGUUUUAAGCGUUUGCCCUCACUGGCGAUUAAAUAAGUUCGAUCAAAUCCAUGUUCGGCUAGUCACAGCUACAACAGGCCCGUUCGUAUCACCCGAUCGCCACCAUGGGUGGCAACGGAGUGCUGUGUUACUGCUACCGGUGGCAACAACGGCUACUGGCCGGAUGAGCGAUGAAAAGCGAUCAGAUGUGUGUGGUGCGCGAAUUUUCCUUCCAUACCAACCGUGUGCAGUAAGUGUUAAUGAAUAAUUACACUAAUUGUGGCCAUUUAAGGUGACGAAAAACGGUACCGGUUGUCGGCCAGGCUUGAUUGUGUCGUCUGAAAAGUGUCUCACAUCGAAGCAGCUUCCAGAAAAGGCAAAGAAAACGAGGCUGCCGCAACGUGCUGCCGUUGGGAAGAAUUCCGGAAGAUUAUCUGUCACCUGGACAAGAGGGAAAGACUUGGUGGGGUGGUAGAAGCGUAACAGGCACACACACAGGACAAUCUUGGCCGGUUUGUUUAGUUUGCUCACUGAGCUGGAAACUGGAAUCGAACGGGAUCGUAGAUGCAACUGGGGCUACGGCAAAGCUUGAUCGUACAGGCGUUUAUCGUGGACACUAGCAAACGGUCACCACAAGUACAGGAAUUGUGUUAGUGUGGUGACUAAAAUAAACCGAGCACAUUACACAAGUGAAUAGUUUACAACCCAAACUAUAGUUUGUACCAUCAUUCAACAUUGCACGACCAGGACAAGAGACAAACGAUGGCGGUUCAUUGCGAUCGUGUACCUAGCUGGCAAACACGUGGUUUGCUUGCCUGGUGCAUCUUUUCGACCAUUUUGAUGCUUCUGCUGCUUCCGCUGGUAUCGAUAGCCGAGAGCUAUGGGUACGAUUCAGCUUCAUCUUGCGAUCCGACGCGUGCAUCCCGCCGUGGCCGUUCCCAGCUAUUGAAAACCAUUCCGUGCGAUUUGAGCGUCCAGGCGUACUGCAAUCUGCCCGGUUCAGCAUAUCCGUGGCAUGCCGUUCGCCGGUUCGUGCAUGAAAACCAGGGUCUUAUGCGCCGUAUGUACGGUGAUGUGCGACACAUUUCGGUGCUUAAAGAAGAGUUUGAAAACAACGAAAUCGAUAUUGAUGAUAUCGAUCGUGCCACCGAACGAUAUACGCGUCCGGCCGAACAUGAUGGUGCCGGUGCCGGUAGAGGCGGCAAGCGGAUGAAGUAUUUGCGGCCAUCAUCGCUACAGUACGAUGCGGGACCGGGUCACUAUCCGCGCGAUAAGUCCAAUGAGAUCCCAAUCAAUGAGCCACAUUUCCGUCCCACCCAGAUGAAGACGACAACCAUGACACCUAGUAGCAGUAGCACCAUUGCCACCAGUACAACCACGGGCACUAAAGCGACAAUUACAGCAGUGGAGCCGAAUCUUAUCUCUACCACGGACAAGAGUGUUCCUUCAACUACUGCAAGCAGUGCCGGUACGAGUACUACCGUUGAAUCACCUCCACCGAAACAGGCAAGUGAUGCAUCUGCCGGACAAACGAAUCUACCAACACAAACUACUUUGGAUCUGCAGGAAUCAAGCCCUUCCGACGCUGGUAAAGCCGACCAACAGGUAGCUACUACCAUCAGAACGGCAGAGACCGAAACGCUUCUUGGUGGAGGUGCAACAGAUGCAAUACACGGCGUAUCGCCCAACAACAAUACCAUUCAACCAUCGGAUACUGAAGCAAUCGAUAUGGACGCUCUCUCAUCGCUGGCUAAGCUGGAAACGAAUGAAUCAUUGCAAACGACCUACAGCUCUGGUAGUAAAGGCGUUCAGGGGACAGUUGACAAAAUAUCAUCUACGUUGAAACUCGCCUCGUCCAACACUAUCAAAAAGGCAGAAGAUAUCGAUAGUAAGGAUCUGUCUGUCACGGAAAGUGGCUCCAAGGUAGCAGAGGUUGAGUCCACUAUUAGCAGUUAUCCAAACGAUCGUCAAGACACUGGUCCGGUAGUAGCGGAUGAUGUUGCUGCAGAUGAUCCAUCACCAAGCAGUAGUAAAACCGUCGCAGAACCAUUGAUACAACACGAUGCUGUAGGGUCUGCAACGAGCAACAAUGCACAACAACAGAAAAUACGAUUCGAAAGCAUUAAACCACACCCCGGGACGGUCAGCGGAACGAAAAAAACUAACCCCGAAGGGCAGCUAUUUCAAGAUGUCGCCCAGAAGGAACCGCCAGUCGUUAACGGUCGUGGAGUUAACGCCUGCCCAGUGAAGGAAGAGGUGGUCGCACCAUUCUGGGCUAACAAUACCCGUGGGGAAGUGUUGGCACUGCUGAACUUGUAUCCCUUCGAGCAGUACGUGCAUUGGGAGAAGUGUACGCAUGAAUUGAAGCAGAUGUACUGCCGGGAGGGUUGUCGUUGCGAGCAGCAGUAUCGAUUGCAUCGGCUGCUCGCUUACGAUCCACACAACGAGUGCCGUGGCAUCUUUUCCGAUUGGUUCCGGUUUCCGUCUUGCUGCAUCUGCAAGUGUUACGAUAUGCCAUUUGAUUUUCGCGUUACCUCGCGCAGUCCGCGCUCGCUGACCAAGGAGUCGAUCGAACUGGUGGAGGAUGAACUGCAGAACGCCAUCUACGAACAUGCGGCAGACGAGUGGUACAGGCCGAAGGAAAAUGAUUUUGAUUAAACGUUUUGCAUAUGAGCACCGUGUGUGUGUGUGCGCGCCCACGCAUCCAAAGGCUAGUGAUAUAAAUGUGUGUAUUGUUUUGUUUUUAUGGUUGUUUCGCUG